CCUUGAAUGCGGCAUAACUUCCAUCUUGAGUUUCUAGAAAGUUCAAACCGCUACGCCCAGUGAGCACAACAAGGCCAGAUCUCCCCCUUCUAAAGCCGUAGUCGAAAUCUGCUGUUUCGUGCAGUCGCUUGGAUCUAAGAUCGCACUGCGUCCUACCAUACUUUCCUACCCCAUUGGCUUGAAAUUGUCUUGCGCGUCUGGACACUCUAGUCUCCUACCCGUUUACUUCCACAAUCCGCGUAGUGUAUCACUCUCAGCAGCAAAAUGACCGGAAAAUGUGUCCACAAAGGCUGUGGAAAGGUUUUCACAGACCCGGACGAGCCCUGUGUCUAUCACCCUGGCCCAGCUGUAUUUCACGAGGGGCAGAAGGGCUAUCAAUGCUGCAAGCCUCGAGUGUUGACGUUUGACGAGUUUUUGUCCAUCCCUCCGUGCACCACUGGCAAACACAGCACAACAGAUGAGGGUCCACUGAUCUACGAGAAGCCGAGAGAAGACCUCAACGCGACACUCUCUCAGACUGCUCCCGCAGACACACAGUUCACGCAGCCAGCGGUUCCACGGCUCCCACAGUCGUCAGCAAGAGCUUCGCCAUCACCUGCGCCACCUCCAGAAUCAGAGGACGACGAUCCAGACACCCCGGUGCCAGACGGUGCAACAUGCAGGAGGAGGGGGUGUGGACAGACAUACAAAGCAGGCUCAGACAGAAGUGGAGAGCAGUGCGUGCACCAUCCGGGGGCACCUCUCUUUCACGAGGGUAGCAAAGGUUACACUUGUUGCAAGAGACGGGUUCUAGAGUUCGACCAAUUUCUUAAGAUUGAAGGCUGCAAAACGAAAGACCGGCAUCUGUUCGUCGGUGCGAAGAAAAAGCCUGGCCACGAGGAGAAGCUCGAUACCGUGAGACAUGACUUCUAUCAGACGGCAACGACGGUGAAUGCGUCGCUGUACCUCAAGAAGAUUGACAAAGAAAAGUCGACUGUCAAGUUUGUUUCAGAGACGCAGCUUGAUCUUGACCUAGUCACCUUGGAUAACAAGCGCUUCCAAAGGACGUUCGAGCUCUUUGGUCCCAUCGAUCCCGGGAAAAGCACGUUCAAGAUUCUGAGUACCAAGCUAGAACUGACGCUGCAAAAGGCGGAUGGCCAGGGUUGGCCUGUCCUCAAAGCAGACGAUCCGCAGACGGGCGAGAUCAUCCAAGCUGGUCGUGCGGGUAGGGUGUGAGCAGCCGCGAAGUCACGAAGGAACGAUAUAGGAAAAUCGGCGAACUAAAACCAUGAAGCGGGCGAAUGCCAUAGAGAUUUAGACAGAAUCAGUCUAGACCGAGCUUCGAGCUCUUAAUGCGGAGAGAAAAAAAAAAGCCCGAUAUACGAUUCUCUGAU